CACUUUCAACUUUCAACCAAAUAUAUCUCUCACAACCCCCCAACUAACCCUAACUAGUCUUGGGAAAAUACACUUAAAACAGAAUCAAUCUUUAACAACUUAAGUUAAAAACCAAAGGACAUUUUAGGAAUACCACAAUUUAUCUCUCUGCACAGAAAAAUUAACCAACACCCUCGCCACCUUUACGUUUUCUAUAUCUCCACCCAAACAGUACCACACACACACACACACCCUUCCACAAUUCUCAUCACUUUCCAAAACCUAACUAACAAACACACACAACACAACACUUUCAUUACUUACUUACUAUGGAUCCUGACGCAUUCACCGCUAGUUUAUUCAAGUGGGACCCACGUAACGUUCUUUCAACUGCACCACCUCCUCGUCCUUCCCAACUCCUGGACUAUACGGUUGCACCUUCAGCUGCUCCGAUGAGUUAUCAUCCUGCUAGGUUACCAAGGGAGCUUGGUGGUUUGGAGGAACUGUUUCAAGCUUAUGGUAUAAGAUACUACACGGCGGCGAAGAUAGCUGAGCUUGGUUUCACGGUGAGUACUCUGGUGGAUAUGAAGGAUGAUGAGUUGGAUGAUAUGAUGAACAGUUUAUCGCAGAUUUUUCGUUGGGAUCUUCUUGUUGGUGAAAGAUAUGGAAUCAAAGCUGCCAUUAGAGCUGAAAGAAGAAGACUUGAUGAAGAGGAAAUGAAACGCCGUGGUCUUCUCUCCGGUGAUACCACCAACACUCUCGACGCUCUUUCUCAAGAAGGUUUGUCGGAGGAGCCGGUGGUGCAGCGAGAAAAGGAAGCGGUAGGGAGUGGAGGAGGGAGUACAUGGGAGGUAGCUGUGGUGGAGGAGAGGAGAAAGAGGCAGCAGAUAAGGAGGAGGAGGAUGAAGAUGAAGGGAAAUCUUGAUCAUGGUGAGAAUGAAGAGGGAGAAGAGGAAGAUGAAGACAAUAACAGUGGUGGUUGUGGUGGUGAGAGACAAAGAGAACAUCCAUUCAUUGUAACAGAGCCAGGGGAAGUUGCACGUGGCAAAAAGAAUGGUCUAGAUUAUCUCUUUCAUCUCUAUGAACAAUGCCGUGAGUUUCUGAUUCAAGUUCAAGCCAUUGCCAAAGAACGCGGUGAGAAAUGUCCUACAAAGGUAACAAAUCAGGUAUUUAGGUACGCGAAGAAAGCUGGAGCAAGCUACAUAAACAAGCCAAAAAUGAGACACUAUGUGCACUGCUAUGCAUUGCAUUGUUUAGAUGAGGAAGUUUCCAAUGAGCUGAGAAGGGGUUUCAAGGAAAGAGGCGAGAACGUUGGCGCGUGGAGGCAAGCUUGUUACAAGCCACUAGUGGCGAUCGCUGCACGUCAAGGAUGGGAUAUUGAUGCAAUAUUCAACGCACAUCCGCGUCUUUCCAUAUGGUACGUGCCAACAAAACUCCGUCAGCUUUGUCAUGCUGAGAGAAACGGUACUGCUGCUUCGAGCUCCGUCUCUGUUGGAAGGACCAACCUUCCUUUCUAAAACUGCAUGCUUCUACUCCAUUUUCAUCAGUAUUAAUUAGAUUAUGAAUCUAUAUGUAGAAUUUUUAUUUAUGUACAAGUAGAAGUGUAGAAGCAGAAAAUCUCAUUCUAGAGACUUUUCUAAGUUUUUUUUUUUUUAAUGGUGACUUUUCUAAGUUAUUA